GUGUUCGUCUGGACAAGAGGAUGUUGAGGGCUGUGGGCUGUGCUGUGCCGACCCUCAAUGCUGGAUCCCCAGUGACAGGACCGCGCACCGUGAGAAGCGUGUGCAUGCGUGCGUGUGAGUGUGUGUGUGUGACGUGUGGGCCCUGCUGUCCUGGGCUGGUCACCGCACUGUGCUGGUCGGGCCAGCUGCCUCAGGGUGCGCCAGGCUCAGUAGACAUGUGGAGGGUUAGUGUCUGCCCCGCCCCUGGGUGCUUGCCAUGCAGUUGGGGGGCAGGCCAUUCCCCUGGACCCCAGUGAAGAAGGCAGCGACGUGUGGACCGUCACACGGGAAUCCAGGCAGGAGGAGGCGCGAUCCCGGGAGGAGUGGGGCAAGUGGGGUGCGGGUCCCUGUCUGGGGCUCCUUCCCGAUGCCCCCACUGUUCGUGGGCACUCCUGUGGAGUCCUGCAUCAGGUGCUCGUGAGCCCGUGCGCUGGGUCACGUGGGAGCCCAUCACUUUCUGCAGGUCGUCUUGUAAACCAUACUCUCUUAUGACACUUUCACUUCGUUAUCUUAAGAACUCUCUAAAGACCGGAGAAGGCUUUCCUUAGACAGGACUGUGUGUUUGCUGUGGAGAUUCCUGUUUCCCGGGCUCCUCUCUCCUCCCUCCCUGUGGUGUCGUGUCCGUGGCUGCAUUGAAGGGUUAACUGUCACAUGUCGCUCCUGGGCGGUGUGCUGGGGAGUCAUUGUGGUCCGGGUGACCGCCCUGAUUCGGUGAUUUGGUGAAUGAGCCGGGUGGAGGAGGAGCGGCUCCCACGUGCAGGCGGGGGCUGGCCAUUGUCGCAGCUGCCGCACGGCUGAAGUGAUUCCACCCCAGCGACGGGCGGCACCGAGUGGGGCCGGGGCUGGCUGGGGCCGCGUCGGCUUGACUGGAUGGCGUCGCUCGUCACUGGGACUUUGACCACAGGGACCUUCUUCAGCAUCAUGGGGCGUCGAUAUAAAAGAAGACGCAAGAAACGCUCCGAGAGGAAAGACAGAAACAGUCUCCGCCAGUCAAGAAACCCUCAAAAGUAUUUUGCCAUGGAUUUAGAAGACGAAGAAAACAUGAGUUCAGGCAGCACAGAUGUUAAGGAAAACUGCAAUCUGGACAACGUGCCCCCCAAGGACAGCAGCACACCGGGGCCUGGCGAGGGCGCCCCGCUCUCCAAUGGGGGCGGCGGUGCCAGCAGGAAGCGGCCCCUGGAGGAGGGCAGCAACGGCCACGCCAAGUUCCGCCUGAAGAAGAGAAGGAGGACGCCGGGGCCCGCCCUGCCCAAGAACGCGCUGAUGCAGCUGAACGAGAUCAAGCCUGGCCUGCAGUACAUGCUGCUGUCCCAGACGGGGCCCGUGCAUGCGCCGCUGUUCGUCAUGUCCGUGGAGGUGAAUGGGCAGGUGUUCGAGGGCUCGGGCCCCACGAAGAAGAAGGCCAAGCUGCACGCCGCCGAGAAGGCCCUGCGGUCCUUUGUGCAGUUCCCCAACGCCUCCGAGGCCCACCUGGCCAUGGGGAGGACCCUGUCCGCCAACACGGACUUCACGUCCGACCAGGCCGACUUCCCCGACACGCUCUUCAACGGCUUCGAGACCCCGGACAGGUCGGACGUGCCCUUCUACCUGGGUUCCAACGGUGAUGACUCCUUCAGCUCCAGCGGGGACCUCAGCCUGUCGGCGUCCCCAGUGCCUGCGAGCCUGGUGCAGCCUCCCCUCCCGGUCCCACCACCCUUCCCACCCCCGAGCGGGAAGAACCCCGUGAUGAUCUUGAAUGAGCUGCGCCCAGGACUGAAGUACGACUUCCUCUCAGAGAGCGGGGAGAGCCACGCCAAGAACUUUGUCAUGUCCGUGGUCGUGGACGGGCAGUUCUUUGAAGGCUCGGGGAGGAACAAAAAGCUGGCCAAGGCCCGGGCCGCGCAGUCUGCCCUGGCAACCAUUUUCAAUUUGCACUUGGACCAGACGCCAUCUCGCCAGCCCAUCCCCAGCGAAGGCCUCCAAUUGCACUUACCACAGGUGUUAGCGGAUGCUGUGGCCCGCCUGGUUCUGGAUAAGUUUGGUGACCUGACGGACAACUUCUCCUCCCCUCACGCGCGCAGGAAAGUUCUUGCCGGAGUCGUCAUGACAACAGGCACAGAUGUUAAAGAUGCCAAAGUGAUAAGUAUUUCAACAGGAACAAAAUGUAUUAAUGGCGAAUACAUGAGUGAUCGUGGCCUUGCAUUGAACGACUGCCAUGCAGAAAUAAUAGCUCGAAGAUCCUUGCUUAGAUUUCUUUAUACACAACUUGAGCUGUACUUAAAUAACAAAGAUGAUCAAAAGAGGUCCAUCUUUCAGAAAUCCGAGCGAGGGGGGUUUAGGCUGAAGGAGAAUGUGCAGUUCCAUCUCUACAUCAGCACGUCUCCCUGUGGAGACGCCAGGAUUUUCUCGCCACACGAGCCGAUCCUGGAAGAACCAGCAGACAGACACCCGAACCGUAAAGCCAGAGGGCAGCUGCGGACAAAAAUAGAGUCUGGCGAGGGGACGAUCCCAGUCCGGUCGAAUGCGAGCAUCCAGACGUGGGACGGGGUCCUGCAGGGGGAGAGGCUGCUCACCAUGUCCUGUAGCGACAAGAUGGCGCGGUGGAAUGUGGUGGGCAUCCAGGGAUCCCUGCUCAGCAUCUUCGUGGAGCCAAUUUACUUCUCGAGCAUCAUCCUGGGCAGCCUCUACCACGGGGACCAUCUCUCCAGGGCCAUGUACCAGCGCAUCUCGAACAUCGAGGACCUGCCCCCUCUCUACACCCUCAACAAGCCCCUGCUCAGCGGCAUCAGCAACGCAGAAGCGCGGCAGCCGGGGAAGGCACCCAACUUCAGCGUCAAUUGGACGGUGGGCGACGCGGCCAUCGAGGUCAUCAAUGCCACAACCGGGAAGGAUGAGCUGGGCCGCGCCUCCCGCCUGUGUAAGCACGCGUUGUACUGUCGCUGGAUGCGUGUGCACGGCAAGGUUCCCUCCAACUUAUUACGCUCCAAGAUCACUAAACCCAACAUGUACCACGAGUCCAAACUGGCAGCGAAGGAGUACCAGGCUGCCAAGGCCUGUCUGUUCAAAGCCUUCAUCAAAGCCGGCCUGGGCGCCUGGGUGGAGAAGCCCACCGAGCAGGACCAGUUCUCUCUCACACCCUGACCGGGCCUGGCGCAGGGCUGCCGGCCAUCCAGCUCUGUCCGGGAACCUUACAUCUGACCUUGGGGACAGGCCCGGGGCAGGGCUGCCGGGCGUCCAGCUCUGUCCCGGAACCUCACAUCUGACCUUGGGGACGGGCCCGGGGCAGGGCUGCCGGGCGUCCAGCACUGUCCCUGGAACCUCACAUCUGACCCUGGGGACAGGCCCGGGGCAGGGCUGCCGGGCGCCCAGCACUGUCCCUGGAACCUCACAUCUGACCUGGGGGCAGGCGGGGGGAUGUGGGGUGCCAGACGUCCAACACUGACCGCCAGAACCUCACAUCUGACCUGGGGGCAGGCACGCGCUCCGAGGAGGGUGUGGAGAGGUGUUGGGGUCUCUCCAUGGCAGCAUUUCCCCUUUCGAAUUAUCCAGUGACUGCUUCAAUCUCAGUUUACGUUUAGAAAUUGAGUUCUACUGAGUAGGACUUCCUUAAGUUUAGGAAAAUAGAAAUUCCUUUGUGUGAAAUUCUUGAAUAAUUUAUUCAGAGCUAGGAACCUGGUUUGUAAAAUAAGAAGAAAUUACGUCAGGUCACUCUUACGCCACAUUAUUUUAACUGCAAAGAAGCAUUUCUAGGUGGAGGAGGCGAGGACGUGGAGGGGGAAGCAGUAACCUGGAGAGACUGUCGAGCGUGUGUGCACGCAGGUCCCUUCUCCCUGCUGGCCCUUCCGUGACCCAGCUCCCAGCGCGGGGGUCAGGGCCCGCCGAGGGAGGAGGCGCCCACAGGAUGGGGCCCGACCCUCCACGCACACAAGUCCACGUCGCGGCAGCCUGGCGGGCUGUCCCGUGGAGUCGCAGCCCAGCUCCCUCGGCUUCAGCCUCCUCUAGAUGCUUCCGUGCCCCUCGUAGGAUCAUGUCAUGGGAAACUUUUCUUGGUUUACUUCUAAAUGAUCAAAGGUAAAACAUGGCCAGCAGUCCUGGCCAGUCAUUUGGGUUUUUAAGCAGUAGUUUGCUCUUAGAGACUAGAAGGCAUCAUGGGGGCCCCUGCACGUAGCCCUGAGCGCCCGCCGCCUCCCUCUGAGCCCCGCGGGCAGGAGCGGCCGUCCCCGGAUCUUCACAGGAUGGAGGUAGAGUUCGCUAAGUAGAUGUUCAUUCUUGGAAAAUAACACUUAAGGUAUAUUUUUAAAUUAUUCUUUCCAGCUUUAUCAAAGACGUGUUUGAAAAAUAAGACGUAUGCAGGCUGACAGCUGGGGGGGGCGGCGUGCCGCGGGCGUGGUCUCCACCAGGGUCCAGAUGGUGAUUGUCACGGCAGGGAACGGGGUGCUGCUGGCGUCUGGGGGACCCUAGGACGCUGCUUCACGCCCGACAGCACACAAGAAGGCCCCGGGCAGGCUAAGCCAGCCAGCAGGCCGGCCGUGGUCGAGGGCCCUGGGUGGCCCGCCUCGGCCCGGGCUCCGAGGUCUGCACCAUUUGCCUUGUGCUUCCACUCAGGAUCGGGGGAACCAGACAGAGCGCUUCCUGCCCUUUGCCCAUUCAGUGCCAAGUCGUGGCUCCAGAGGGGGUCUCGUGGGUGCUGCAGGCAGAGACGAGGGCAGACCCCGCCCCACAGCAAAAUCCAGGAUGUCGACACCUGUGAGGCAUUGAGCUGUGUCCUGUGUCCUUUACGGGCUCAGAAAAUGUGGAACAGGAGCAGAGCGGCCUGCUGUCAUUCUGGCCCAGACCUCGUGUGCUCAGAGCAGGAGGUUUAGACCCAGAGCGCCAUGCCUCUUGAUGCCUCCACCUGUCUGCACCCAGCGGCGAGGGUGACGCGUUGCCGGGGACUGACCAGGUUCAGAGGACGAGGGGCGCCCACACCAGCCUUCUCCCCUUCUGCAGGGUAGCUGCUCGUCCCGAACCAGUCAGAGCGCGGGCCUCAGCCCCGUUGCCACAGCAGGGUCUGGCUUGGUUAGGAUGUGCUGGAGUUUCCUUUGCACAAAAUGAAGGGGGUCUGGUGGGUUGCUGCCCCUGCCCAGAGCAGGCUCUUGCACACUCAGAAAAACAUCUUGUGAGUCCCUGCGUUUUUAUUCUUGUCUCUCUAAAUGGUAUUUUUUCUAAUGGGGAUUGGGAGAUGGACUUAGUUUUUAAAAAAAAAUGUGGGUUUUGAUUACAAAGUGGAGUGGAAAUAUAUUCCGUAUACAUACAGACGAACGGUAUGUCUAGAGUGUCCCUUCUGUCAGAUCAUAGCUGGAAUCAGCCUGAGGCCCCCGUCCCCACCCCAGGGAAACGAAUGCCUUACUGUAAGUGUGCGGGUCCCAGCGGACCCCCCAGCUGUGCGCUGCCGCCGUUCCCAGGUGGGGUUUCUGGACUGUCCAGGACAGGCCGAUGCAGGGCUGGCACCCGAGAAAGCCCAGGCUGAGCCUGUGGGCCUGGGGAGGAAGGUGGCAGAGGGGGAGCCCCAGGCCGGAGGGAGCAGAGCCUCCGUCUGUGAGUCAGGCCACGGGCGGGGCAGGAGGCCGCACAGCCCCCACCCCUGGGACAGGACUGCUGGAGCGACUCGUCUGCAGAGCAGAAAAGAGAAGGAAAUGUUGGCUCCUCCGUGAGACAAACCAGGAAGCUUAACACUUUAAACUCCCCCCAAGUGCGUGUUGUGAGAUAUCCAGCGGCUGUAUCCUUGAGGUCUUAUUUGGCAUCCAGUGUCCUUAAUCUGGUUUUUAGAGACUUAUCAGAAAAUUCAACACAAUAAAGAACUUGAUUUUUUAAGAAAAAUCUUAAAUUUUGAGGACAUUUUGACCAGUGUGGGUCGGGAGGGUUUCUAUUCUGUUUUGUUAGCCAAACCUGAAGUGUUAAUUCCGCAAAGCCUCUGGCCCUUCUGUGGUUCUCAGGCCCAUGGGCAGCUGUCCCGACCGCGGGAAGGCGCGAGUGCUGUGGGGCCGAGUGGGGGGACGUUGUCGCAUCAGCCCUGAUGCCUGCGCAGGGUCGGGAGCUUUCCCCUCUUGCAGGCACGGAUGCCAAAGAACUGUGAUUUUGAUUCUGGGUCUUAACUGAACUUUUUCUGCUGGAGAGUUUCUUUGUAAUCGAAACUGACUUUAUGUUAAAAUGUACAAGCCAACAUCUCAGAAGGCGUUGAUGUCUCUGGAAUUUAUUUUCAUUCAGAUAAUCUUGUUGAUCUCCAGACGGUAGCAUCACUGCUUUCGCUGUGAAGACAGCGUCCUCGUGCCCUCAGGGAGUGGAUGAGGGGUGGCGGGCGCCGUCCUCCCCUCCAGGUGCAGGUCCGAGAACAGAAUCCGAGUUGCCUUGGAGAGGGCUGUGUCCCUGUCCGGCCACUUUUCUCAGAAAAAGAAAAAAAAUACAACACGGAUAGAUCCUUUUCAUUUCUAAAAUAUCUUACACCAAAAUAUAAGUCUGCCUCGACUGUAAAUUUGAUCCCGUGUGAGAAGUGAAAUUAGCUAGGUUUCCCACCUCUAAAUUCUAUUAAAUUAGGGAAUCUCAAAACGUUUCUUUUCAUCAAUCCCAAACUAUAUAAAUGAAAAGCGCAGUCUUUGUGAUCAUGUGUGUCCAGUUUUGUGUGUCCUUGUCCCCUGGCGCGUCCUUUGACUGCCUCUCCCCAUCCAGCGGCCGACCCACGGGCUCUGUGUCCACACCGGGGAGGGCAGGCGGGGCGGGCCUGCUCUGUGCUGACGGCAGCGAGCCUGCACUUGUGUCCCUUGUUGGGAGGACGAGCCCCCAGCCUGGGAGCACUUAGUUUGGCCACAGCAAGGGCUGAGCCGAGGGCUGUCCUUCUGGACGCGAGGGUCAGUCUGUGGCAUGUUCGCAGAAGGAGCCCCAAAUGCUGUUUGCUUCUCCAGACUUUGAGUUAUCGUGCUUUUGAGUUUGUUCAGAAUUUGGACACUUUGUAUGAAUGUAAUUCCGCCGAGGGACCUGUCCCCAGACACAGUCCUCAGUGUCCUCUGUAUGUAUAUUGAUGUAUAUACCACACAGUGCAACCUGCAUGAGCUUCCUUGCACCGAGACCAGCCAGAACCGAGCAUGAGACGCCGUCGCAUAGACAAAGGAUUUGAGAUGUUCUCAAUAAAAACAAAGUGUUUCACUACUGCAGUGUUGCUGAGAUUUUCUCUCCUUCCUAAUUUCUUCUCCCCUUGAUCCACGGAGAGGUGGGAUCAGUCCCAAGGCACAUAUUUGGGAGGGUGUGGAUAAAUGCCGGCUGACUCUGGUCCUGUCGUCUGUGUGUGGCACCGUUUGGGGACAGGGUCUCUGAGUCCUCUCCCCCUUGGAUUCUUGGCCUCUUCACCAUCUUUCUGAGCGUGUUGGCCACUCCCACAGGUAAGGCGGCCUAGAGGACCGUUAGGGCUGCCCUUGCACCUGUCCUGUCUAUGGAAAGGGAUGAUGACGUGCGCCCACAUGACCUCUGGGGCAUGUGAGGGCGUUGUGGAUGGGAGAACACGGGAAGAGCCGGACACCACAGUGAGGCAUCGGCCAGACAGGCUGGGCAUUUGAGGACGGGAGCAACACAGCUACCAAGUUAGGGAGAGCUCCGUUCUUUAGGACUGACAUUUCAGAAGGACGUUCAUGAUGGGCUCGGGAAAACUGGCUGCAAAGCAGUGUUUAUGUUCCUGAUCGUAAGGAAUUGCAGAUGCCCUGUGUGAGUGUCAGGCCGCCCAGAACAGUCUGGAAGGGGCCAAGUCUGGUCUUCGUGUAUGGAUGGUGGGAUUUGGGUAAUUUUAAUUUUGUUUUCCCUUUUUAAAGCUUUUUUGUUUAAUGUUCCUACAAUUAAAUGAAAAACAAACAGGAAAAUGUUUUGAAAAGUCCAAAGCUCCAUACAAAUAAAAAGCAUUGUUAUAGACAAAUAA